UAUUUUUCAUAUACCCACUUCCUGUUGUAACAUAUCAGCCGAACGAUAUCUCUUGCGAUGGAGACCACUGUAUGUCAAGGAAAUGAUGAUCAGAAACCAGGUGAAACGGUCAAGAUUCCUGAACGCCUAUUGAAGAGAGACCAGGCAAGGUUGGAGGAGGCAGAACGACGCAAAGACGUCAAGGAAAGCCAGGCAGUAACAGAGGAGAAGAGUGAUUUUUUCUCCACCACGUUUCAGUCUGAGAAGGCAUCCAUCGAAGAGUUGCUAUCCAACUGCACCGAGACAAACCGAGAAAAUGCUACGCAGGUUUUGGAAGAGGCAACGGUCAAAAUACAACAGCUGCAAAAAUUCCUUAAUGACAGUCUGGUGUUCCUAACACCUUACGAACUCAGACAGGCCCAGGCAACCUUACAAGCACUCCAGAGCUCCAUAUCAGACAAAAGAGAGGAACUUUUGCCAAAAAAGAAGUUUGCCUUUAAAUCUCGCAACGUGAAGAGUAAAACUCCAUCAUCCUCUAUCGCCGAGUUACCCAAGUCAACCAGCAACAUCGAUGCAGUCGUAAAUGCCACUGUGGAACAAGUACAGUGCGCUUUCUCCCACAUCGAUUCUCAGGUUGUGAUAAAGAGCGCGGACGAAAUCCAGCAGCGGGACGUGCUGCUAUCCCACCUGACGAACUGCAAGGUGAGACUGCUCGGCUCGCCGAGUACUCUGCAUAUCAAACAUGUUCGUGACUGUGAGAUUUUGUGCGGGCCAGUGUCGAGCUCGGUGUUCGUGGAUCAGUGCACGGGCAGCAUCCUCGUCUUUCCUUGCCAGCAGCUGAGAACCCAUAACACUAAGGACACUCGGAUCUACCUUCACGUCACGAGUCGUGCCAUCAUUGAGGACUGUCAAGGAGUCAGUUUCGCUCCCUUUAAUUGGACCUACUCUAACUUGGAUGCUGAUUUUGCCGUGUCUGGACUGGACAAGAAUAGAAAUAACUGGGAUCAGGUCGAUGAUUUCAACUGGCUCGCAGCUGGCACCCAUUCCCCAAAUUGGACUGUCAUUCCUGAAUAUGAUCGGAAAACCAGCUGGGAUGAGUUGGUUCCUUCUGCUGAGUAGAUGUUUGUCAGUAUUUGCUUUUAAACAAAGGUGAAAAGAGGGGCAUUCACUUAUACACCCCGUGUCCUCAACAAUACAGCCUUAUAGUAAAAAUGCACUUUGUCAUAGUAUUCAAAUGCUAAUUUAUUGUGUCUGCUCCAGGCAGAAUGUGCGUCCAAAUAAUUAAAACGUGAUCAAAAUAAACACAUCUGAUGAUUCA